AUGAGUGAGAUGGACGGAGUAGCUAGAGGUUGUGGCGCGAGAGGGCGCGGUGCUCGAGGCCGUGGUGGCAGAGCUAGAGGCCGGGGCCGAGUUGUGGACUUCGGCGGAUUCGGGAGAGAGUGUGGUGCCGAGUGUGGCGACUGCGUCGGUGACCCAGUCGUUAUUGGCUCGUUUUCCGCCAGUGGUUCCACAAGGGGCUCCGGGAGUACCUCCAGUGGCAGAGGUGCAGCAGAGGGCUGCGGGUUUGUUCAGCCGCAGGCUGUGGGUUUGAUGGUGCCGUCCUACUUGGAUAUGUGGGGCACAUGCAGAGGAUUGGUACGCCGUACUUUGAGGGCGGAGUUAGCCAGAGGCGGCAGAUGUGGCGUCAGAGAUUGGAGCGGAAUUUCCAGUCUAUCAGAUUCUGGUUUAGUACCAGUGGGCGGUUUUGAGUCCCACGUUUUAUUCGACUCUGGAGCAUCGAAUUGCUUCAUUACACCGGAGCGUGCCGAGAAGAGUGGCAUCCGGAGUAGCGCGGGCGAGAGCGCGGGCAUGGUCAAGGUGGCGGGAGGUGGAUUCUUGUCUACUUUGGGCCGUGCUAGAGGAGUCGAGAUCGAGAUUGCGGGGCAGUCAAUGCCAGCAGACUUAGUCAUCAGUCCGGUGGAGCUGUAUGACGUUAUUCUCGGGAUGGACUGGUUGUCACACUACAGAGUUCAUCUGGAUUGCUACAGAGGUAGAGUGGUCUUCGAGCGAGAUGCAGGGAGGUUGGUUUAUCAGGGAGUGAGACCGACUUCCGGGAGUAUUGUGAUAUCUGCUAUUCAGGCCGAGCAGUUGUUAGAGCGGGGCUGUGAGGCGUAUCUGGCGACGAUUUCUAUGUCUGAGUCAGGAGCUGGAGUUGUUAUGGGAGAUAUUGAGGUUGUCCAGGAUUUUGAGGAUGUCUUUCAGUCACUGAAGGGAUUACCACCAUCUCGGUCUGAUCCUUUCACGAUUGAGUUAGAGCCGGGGACAGCACCGAUAUCGAAGACGCCUUACAGGAUGGCGCCAGCUGAGUUGGCAGAGCUGAAGAAGCAGAUAGAGGACCUUUUGUCUAAGGGGUUCAUUCGACCGAGUGUUUCACCAUGGGGAGCACCGGUGUUGUUUGUGAAGAAGAAGGAUGGAGUUUCAGACUUUGUAUCGAUUACAGAGAUUGACUUGGCAUCGGGGUAUCAUCAGAUCCCGAUAGAUGAGGCAGAUGUCAGGAAGACUGCUUUCAGGACGCGUUAUGGGCAUUUUGAGUUCGUGGUUAUGCCUUUCGGUUUGACUAACGCGCCGGCAGCCUUCAUGAGAUUGAUGAACGACGUGUUCAGGGAGUAUUUGGACGUGUUCGUCAUCAUUUUCAUUGAUGAUAUUCUGGUAUACUCGAGGAGUCAGGAGGAGCAUGCGACUCACUUGAGGUUGGUUCUGGAGAAGCUUCGGGAGCAGAAGCUUUUUGCUAAGUUGAGCAAGUGCAGUUUCUGGCAGCGAGAGAUGGGAUUUCUUGGCCACAUUGUUUCUGCAGAGGGAGUUUCUGUGGAUCCGGCUAAGAUUGAGGCUAUCAGAGAUUGGCCUAGACCUAGUAGUGCCACCGAGAUCAGGAGUUUUCUGGGUUUGGCAGGAUACUACAGGAGGUUCGUCAAGGGGUUUGCUACCAUGGCGCAGCCGAUGACGAAGUUGACCGGGAAGGAUGUCCCGUUUGUUUGGUCAGCUGAGUGUGAGGAGAGCUUUAGUCAGCUCAAGGAGAUGUUGACUACUACACCAGUGUUGGCGUUACCCGAGCCAGGGAAGCCUUACAUGGUGUAUACAGAUGCUUCAGGCAUUGGUCUUGGUUGUGUGCUGAUGCAGGAGGGCAGAGUGAUAGCAUAUGCUUCGAGACAGUGGCAGGGCAGUGAGCGUAACCGUCCUACACAUGACUUAGAGUUGGGAGCAGUGAUCUUCGCGUUGAAGAUUUGGAGGUCUUACUUGCUAGGUGAGACAGUACAGGUCUUCACGGAUCACAAGAGUUUGCAGCAUAUCUUCACUCAGCCGAUGAUGAACGCGAGACAGACGCGCUGGGUUGAGUUCUUGGCGGACUAUCAGGUGAGCAUUAACUACCAUCCGGGCAAGGCUAACCUAGUGGCGGACGCGUUGAGUAGACGGAGGGCGACCAAGAUGUACCAUGACCUCAAGAGGUACUAUCAUUGGGUCGGGAUGAAGAGGGAUGUAGCAGACUGGGUUGCGAAGUGCAACACUUGUGCCUUGGUGAAGGCAGAGCAUCAGGUUCCGGGUGGUCUUUUGCAGAGUUUACCCAUUCCAGAGUGGAAGUGGGACAGGAUUACGAUGGAUUUCGUGGUUGGACUACCUAUUUCGAGGACUUUUGAUGCUAUUGGGAAGUUUGUGCGAGAGAUUGUGAGGCUGCAUGGAGUGCCAGCUAGUAUUGUGUCAGACCGUGAUCCCAGAUUCACUUCAGAGUUUUGGAGGCGUUUUCAGGCAGAGAUGGGCACUAAGGUGCAUCUGAGUACAGCUUAUCAUCCGCAGACAGAUGGUCAGUCAGAGAGGACUAUUCAGACUUUGGAGGAUUUGCUGAGGAUGUGUGUGUUGGAUUGGGGUGGCCAUUGGGCAGAUCACCUGAGCUUAGUUGAGUUUGCAUACAACAACAGCUUUCAGGCGAGUAUUGGCAUGGCUCCAUUUGAGGCUUUGUAUGGGAGGCCAUGUAGGACACCCCUAUGCUGGACCCAAGUGGGGGAGCGCAGCAUGUAUGGAGCUACUUAUGUUCAGGAGACGACAGAGAAGGUCCGUGUUGUGAGGCUGAACAUGAAGGAGGCUCAGGAUAGGCAGAAGAGUUAUGCAGAUAGACGCAGACGAGAGCUUGAGUUUCAGGUUGGAGAUAGAGUUUAUCUCAAGAUGGCUAUGUUGAGGGGUCCUAACAGAUCCAUAGCAGAGAACAAGCUGAGUCCGCGUUUUAUGGGGCCGUUUCCAGUAGUGGAACGAGUUGGGCCAUUGGCUUACAGGCUGGAGUUGCCUGAGAUUAUGAGAGCCUUUCACAAGGUUUUUCAUGUGUCGAUGCUGAGGAAGUGUCUUCACCCUACAGAGGAGUUAGUGGCUAGGAUUCCAGAGGAUCUUCAGCCAGAUUUGACAGUGCCGGCAGUGCCUGUGAGGAUUUUAGAGAGGAGGGAAAAGGUUCUGAGGAACAAGAGGAUUCCCUUACUGAGGAUUUUGUGGGAUUGCAGUGGUUCUACAGAGGAGACUUGGGAGCCAGAGGCAAAGAUGAAGUUGAAGUUCAGGAAGUGGUUCGACAAGCAGGUCGAGGAGUGA